AAACUGCAAUUGGAUAACCACAACCAGAAUCGAUUUUGAAUCAUCAUUUCUAUAAAUAUAUACGACUCAUACAUACAUAUACAUACCUCUUAAACAAAACUGAGAUGAGUUUUGGAACUCGUCUUCUUUUGUUUCUCAUACUAACACUUCCACUUGUAACAUCUUCAUCCCCAAACACUCUUCAUGUUUCAGGAAUUGUGAAGACAGGGACUACAAGUAGAUUCUUGAUGAUGACCAUCGAGGAUUAUGACGAUCCAUCUGCAAACACCAGACACGAUCCCAGCGUUCCGACCAAUGCAAAGGCUGACACAACACCUUAAAACUCUUCUGAGUUUACUUGUUUAGUCUAUGUUGAAUAAAUAAAUAUAUAUAUAAUAAUCUCUCUCUUUUGACUGAGCUGAAUUCUCCAUUUCCUAUACUCUGUAUAUUAUUCAUCUGAGUAUCAAAGCAAAACCUUAAG